AUGGUGUGGUUGGGACGUGGGAGCACGGACAGCACAGAGGCGGGGAAUCUGCGACAGGAGAGAGGAACCCCGUCAACGGGCACACAAGGACCCAGAGUGGCUAAUGCCACAACAACAAAGUGCCAACACUACAAACGAGGGGAUGAGGAUGUGGGAAUAGGAGAAUUAGAAAGUCGGGAAAAAAAACGAAAACCCAAAAUGAACGAAAGUUUCACGGACAGCGAUGACGAGGAGAUCCUCUUCACGAAGGAAAUGGUUCGUCGGCUCAAGAAGUCAGCACAACAGAAGAUCCCUGUCAACUCAAGACCGACGUCAUCACUAAGCGAUGCCAGUGGAAUGAGUGCAGUGAGCACAGCGUCAGGACAAAAAAAGAUCGAAGACACAGUGGAAAGCACGACGCAGAGGUCGUCGGAGUGUUCACCAGUGAAAGAGACCUUAAGUUCUGGAAAUGUGCUGUUGUCGCCGAGAACGCGAACACGUGUUCUUCGGGAGAUAUGGGAGUCUUGCGACGCGACCGCGAAGGAAGGGGGACUAUGCGUGGGAACAGGUGCGAAGAAGUACUUCUUCAGACAAAAAUUGUCAGAAUUCAACAACACGGUCCGUGUGCUGGAGUCAAAGCAAGAAGAAGCUUUGUGGAACGAGGAGUAUAAACUAGCAGCCGAGAUUGAAAAUUGCCUGAAGAAGUUCCGUGUGAAGAAAGCACCACUGCAGGAAGUUCUUCUUGAGCGAAUUCAGGCACUGGAAAGACAUGAUUUCUCCGAAGCUCAGAGAGCAAAAGAUAUUUUCGAGAGAACAAUGGAUAGCGCCUUGCAGGACAGAGAGUUUGAGAAGUUCUUAUCGGAACAGGAGACAUGCUUGACACCAGAAAGAAUGAAAGGCUUGGAAGGCAGUAGGGCGGUUUCGAAACAUCGACCGAUCGCGCAGUCGCAGUCGGGCCUCCUACUGAUUGCGCUGCCCGCUUCCUAA